UAUAAAGCAUGGGGCUGCACCCACUGUUCCUCUGUAGCACGGUCCUGACUCGUUCCUCCACCGUCCCUCCGGCAUAGCCAAAGACCAUUGCAGAAGGGGCACCGCAACCAAUCGACUGCAGCCAUGAACGGUACAGAGGGGCCGUUUUUCUAUGUGCCCAUGUCCAACGCCACUGGCGUUGUGAGGAAUCCCUAUGAGUAUCCGCAGUACUACUUGGUGGCACCGUGGGCGUACGCCUGCCUGGCUGCCUACAUGUUCUUCCUCAUCAUCACCGCCUUCCCCAUCAACUUCCUCACGCUGUACGUCACCAUCGAGCACAAGAAGCUGCGUACGCCCCUAAACUACAUCCUGCUGAACUUGGCUGUAGCCGACUUGUUCAUGGUCUUCGGCGGUUUCACCACCACGAUGUACACGUCGCUGCAUGGCUACUUCGUCUUCGGGCGCCUGGGCUGCAACCUGGAGGGCUUCUUCGCAACCUUCGGUGGUAUCAACUCACUUUGGUGCCUGGUCGUGCUGUCCAUUGAGAGGUGGGUGGUCGUCUGCAAGCCCAUGAGCAACUUCCGCUUCGGAGAGAACCACGCCAUCAUGGGCGUCGCAUUCACCUGGUUCAUGGCAUUGGCUUGCGUCGUCCCACCCCUCUUCGGCUGGUCCCGUUACAUCCCCGAGGGCAUGCAGUGCUCAUGCGGUAUUGACUACUACACCCGCGCCGAGGGCUUCAACAACGAGUCUUUCGUCAUCUACAUGUUCUGCGUCCACUUCCUGACCCCACUGUUCAUCAUCACUUUCUGCUACGGCCGUCUGGUCUGCACCGUCAAGGAGGCUGCCGCCCAGCAGCAGGAGUCCGAGACCACCCAGAGGGCUGAGCGUGAGGUCACCCGCAUGGUCAUCGUCAUGUUCAUCGCCUACUUGGUCUGCUGGCUGCCAUAUGCCGGCACAGCCUGGUGGCUCUUCACCCACAAGGGAGCCGAGUUUGGCCCUGUUCUCAUGACCCUCCCAGCCUUCUUUGCCAAGAGCUCCUCCAUCUACAACCCAGUCAUCUACAUCUGCCUGAACAAGCAGUUCCGCCACUGCAUGAUCACCACUCUGUGCUGCGGCAAGAACCCCUUCGAGGAAGAGGAGGGUGCCUCCACCACCGCUUCCAAGACCGAGGCCUCGUCUGUCUCCUCCAGCUCCGUGUCCCCAGCAUAA